AUGGUACUUCAGGAAAAGGACGAGAUUCUAACAGUGACAAGCUCACCGAUCGCUGACGAGCAUACGGAUUCCGGUAUCGAGAACAAUCGAGCGUCCUCGUCGUACCAACAUUCCCCGUCAACCUCGAGUGGAUUCUCUCCGCAAAUUGAGUGGAAUAGUCCGCGUGAAUACGACGACGCUGGUUCAGCUGCCGAAAAACGUAAAUAUUUUACGCAAACAAAGUGGCACGCAGAAGAGACGACAUCUGCAGACGACGUCUCACUUCGCACUAACCUUCUCUCUUCAUCGCAACAUUCCGACACAGCACUAAACAACAGCCGAAGAAGCGAUCAUCGAGUUGGAUCGCAAGUCGACACAUUACUACAGAUUGAUAAAAAUCAGUUGCAAAAUUUUGAAGAUAAAGCAAACGUUAAACAAGAACAGGUAUAA